AAAAUAUGAAAAUGCCGGUGAUUUGCAAGCCCUCUGUAUUGCUAGGUCUUGCCGCCUCGAGUGUGACGGCCAGCCCAGUACAACUCUCCACCCGCCAGAAUACGGAUAUACCGCUGCAAUGCUCUGCUCCUGACGAUGCUGGCGUUUUGCUUGAUGGCUUUGUCUCCUUCUCCAUCGAAUUCUCAUCCUUCCCGGAUUUCGCUGGAAAUUCUUCCGCCCCGAACGCAUUUUCCGAUAACCUGCUAAACAACCUACAAGAUUUCCAAGGCACCAAGCCGUAUGUGAGAGUCGGAGGCAACACGCAAGAUUUCGCCAUCUUCAAUGCCUCUCAAGAAGAGGCGUCCAUAGGCAUUGUCGAUCCAGAUGUAUCUGCUGACUACCCAUCAACCCUCACCAUCGGCCCUGCGUACUUCGAAUCCUACACAACUUGGCCACAUGUCAGAUAUACCCAUGGAUUCAAUCUUGGCAAGAAUAGCAGUGAUGCUCGAGAGGCACUUAUCGACUCAGCUCCAUUCGCCUGCCAGACUUUUCAGAACAACGACAGAUUGCUGUCGUGGGAGCUAGGGAAUGAGCCGGAUCUCUUCCCUGGCCACGUGCGCCCGCGGGAUUGGACAGAGUCGCAGUAUGUAGCAGAAUGGCUCGGAUACACAGCAGACAUCCGCGCCGCAAUGGAGAAGGCGUGUCCAGAACUGGCGACGGAUGCUGGUUACAAGUACAUGGCGCCCUCAUUCGCAGGCACAGGAGGUAACAAGCUGGACCCUCUCAGAGCAUGGAAUGCUGGACUGGAUACCGAUGGUGACAUCUCAAUCAUCAGCUCGCACAACUACAUCUCCGGCGCCAAAGUCCCCGGCGUAACCCUCCAAGGCACCCUAAUGAACCACACCUCCACCAUCACCUCCAUCGCAAAACACAUCAACUCCAGCAACCUGAUCCACGCCCUCCACCCCGAACUCCCCUACAUCCUCGGCGAAACAAACUCCCUCUACAACCAAGGCCGUCCGGGACUCUCCAACACCUUCGGCGCCGCACUCUGGGGCAUAGAUUUCAACCUCUACUGCGCAGCCAACAACAUCUCCCGAGUCCACAUGCAUAUGGGUACGAAUUACCGGUAUCAAAGCUGGCAACCCAUCGACACGGAUCUCGCGAGUAAAGGAACGAAAGCUCCGUAUUAUGGGAAUAUUGGAGUCGCAGCGUUUUUGGGGCGGAGUGAGGAGACCAGGGUUGUGAAUUUGCCGCUUGCGAGGGAGGCGGAGGCGGCUUAUGCUGCGUAUGGUGCUCAGGCGGAGUUGAAGAGGGUGAUGGUGAUCAAUAUGAUGGCGUAUAAUUCUACGGAUGAUAAUGAGGAGUUUCGGACCGAUUUUCCGAGACCGAGUGAGGAGUAUAGGUUUCAGAUUUUUCGGGAGGAGGGGUGUGAGGUGGGAGUGGGAGUGGAAGUGGAAGUGCAGAGAUUGAUGGCGAAUGGAAGUGAUGCGAUUUCUGGGAUUACGUUUGAUGGGUAUAGUUAUAAUUUUGAGCUGGAUGAGGGACGGCCGGUGAUGUUGGGGAAUGUGACGAGAGGGGAGACGGUGGAGGUUGGUGAUGAUGGGGUGGUGAAGGUUGAUGUGCCGUGGAGUAGUGCUGUGAUUCUGAGAUUUUAGACUGUGGUCUCUGCAGAGCUGGGAGUUUGUUGGUUGAUCUCACGAAACGGUGAUCAUUGGUGAGGG